AUGGGUCGUGGCUUUAGUUUUCGACUCAUGUAUCGAGUCGUUUUCUUUUCCUUCUGUCUGAUUUUCGCCUGUUUUUAUCAUGGUGGUGGUUCAGAGUAUAACAGGCGAGAAGAUAAAACAGAACAGAACAAAUUAAAAGAUGAAUUCAACAGCAAAUCCUUGAAUGUCGAACAAAACAUUGGCGUUCGUAAUUUGAGAGAAAAUGCGAAACAAAUUGACGGCGAAGAUACGAAGAAAGAAACUGAUCUUUCAAAGAUGGCAAGAAAAGGUAAAUUCUGAAAAUGUGAGAAUAUUCGCAAUUCGGAAGGAAUAAUUGUUAACCAUAAUGUUUUCUAUAGAAACUGUGAUGAAAACACUCCGAAGUGAGAGAAUACGGAAGAGCCCAGAACAGAACUUUUCAACUUCUUCGUCUGAGGUAAAAGUUCCAAGCAAAGAGCCGACAACCAUCUCCCAUUCAAGUGAGACAAAGUGGCAAAACAAUGGCAUGAAAAACAUAUCUUCAUUAGAAAAUCAACUUUUUCACCAGAAUGACUUGAGGGGAGCAGGCAAACUGAGAGAAAAGUUAGCUUCCCUCACAACUCAACAUCUCCGGAACAGACGUGAAAUUGAUGCAAUCUUGGAAAAUAAGGAGGGUCUGACCAAAUGCGCCAAUUUUACCUUUACUAUAAAGUAUAAAGAUGAUUACAGUGUAUGGAACAACUUCUCAAUUAUGUACCGAGGUCGAAUGUACUCUUAUGAUGAGUACAGAAUAACGGACGAUGGACUACACGUUUGUAAUUCUUCUGACCGUCUCAUUAAAGAAAAAUGGCGGAAUUUUACUGCUCGGGAAAAGAUAAUGACGAUUUUCACACACUGUCAAGUAUCCGUAGACGGUUUUUACUUUGAAAAUUACACAUUAUUAAAAAACUUUACUAUUUUCUUUCAUCCUACUGAGCAAAAUUUCACAAGGCAAGAUUACGGAGUGAUUUUUGGACAUUUUGCAAUUUGUUCGGCAAAACUUAGUAUGUCCUGCAAUGAUGAUUUGGUUAAAGUAAAGUACGAUGAACAAUACAAUGUUUUGGAAAACCUUUCGCUGUUUUACAACAAUACUAUUUACGAUUUUCGCGAAUAUCGACACGAAAACGAAGGUCUUGAAAUGUGUGCUUCCAAUGAUUCAAGAAUUCAGGCGAUUUGGAGAACUCGAAAUGCGUGGGAAAAGUUUAAAGAUCGAUAUAAAUGCCGCGAAUCUGUUGGCCAAAUACAUGCAAGGAACUACACUGUGAAUAAGCAGUUCACUGUCUAUCUCGCACCUAGGAGUCAAUAUUUCACAAGAAAUAACUAUGGGGUGAAAGACGGUAAACCUUAUAUAUGCCAAGAAAAAUUAAGACCCGCAUCAACAGAGUAUACCCAGGAAGAUCUAUUAAUGUGCAACGAUUCAAUCAUCAAUAUAAAAUACGAUGAUGAAUACAAAGUUCGGACUGACUUUUCAAUACUCUAUAAGAACAAGGUGUACGAUUAUAUUGAGUAUCGAGUUCUGAAUGAUGAGGUAAAGAUUUGUAACUCAACUGAUAGCAGCGUAAGGAAUAUUUGGAAAGUACGCAAUAAAUGGGUAAAGGCGAGAAUGCAUAGAAAAAGUUGCAAUGUACCCAUACUCGUAGAUGUGGGUAUGAUCCGCCAAAAGUUUUAUACUGUUCGUAAGGAUUUUAGCAUUCUCAUUUUGGCAACAGAUCAGGUGAUAGCAAAGUACAAUUAUGGUGUGUUUGAAGGUAAACUUAUAAUAUGUAAAGAAAAAUUCACGUUUUAUUACAUGAGAGGCAUUCCCCCCAAGUGGAAUAUCAAUGUUAUGUGCUCUAGCGCUUUCUAGUAUUUGUUUGCUGUUGUUGUUGAUAGUUUAUUGCAUGCUUCCUGAACUGCGCACUCUUCCUGGUUUGAAUUUAAUGAGUUUAUGCUUCGCCGUUUUGUUGUUGCAGACUUAUACUGCAGUACUUGUUUCGCUGUAUCUACGUGAAGGUCAAGUGUUGAAGGUACCAUGUGACAGGCUAGUAAUAACAAAGAGGUUUAUUUUGUAUAACAUACUUAUGAACGCUGCUGUUAAUAUAUAUCACUUAAGAAAAACCUUUUGUGGCAAUAUUCUAGUGAAAUCUGAUGAAAACAAGUGGAAAACCUUCUUGAAGUAUAGUGUCUUUAGCUGGGGUGUUCCUCUCAUCAUAACUAUUGUUUAUAUUGUGCUUGUGAAGAAAGAUUUUUUACGAUUUCAAGUAGAUAUUACUGGUUGUGUCAUGGGUGAUGAACCUCCUCUUUGGUUAGCUGUUAUGGAAAAAUUUGGUCUUUCAGGUUGUCUUGGGUUGUCCAUUGCUGUAAUGUUCUCCUUCACUGCUUAUCGAAUUCGCCAAAAACUCAAAGCAAGCAGUAGCAUUGCACAGAAAUCAAAUAUUGUUAAGAAACGCAACAGCUUUGUCCUAUUGCUUAAGUUGUCAACCACUACAGCCAUAAGCCUGUCUCCUCUCUUAUUUGAAAACACACAUCUUGAUUUUGACAUAAAGAUGGGGUUAUUUACCGCAGCGUUUCUUACUGGUGUCUACAUAGGUAUUGCGUUUGUCUUCACCAGAAAAAAUUACAGGUUGCUUAAGAAGAAGUAUUUCCCUGCGAAAAAGAAACCAGUUAAGUAAGCAAGUAAAUAAAUAAAUAAAUAAGUCAAUAAGUAAAUAAAUACGUAAGCAAGUAAGUAAGUAAGUAAAUAAGCAAGUAGGUAAAUAAAUAAAUAUAAGUAAAUAAAAAAAUAACUAAAUAAAUAUAAGUAAAUAAAUAAAUAACUAAAUAAGCAAGUAAAUAAAUAAAUACGUAAAUAAGCAAGUAAAUAAAUAAGCAAGUAAAUAAGUAAAAAAAUAAGUAAAUAAGCAAGCAUGCAGGUAUUCAUCAGUAGAAGAAAAAACAUGAGUGUAUAUAGAAUAAGUAAUUAAUAUAAACAGUAAUCAAAAAUGAACAUUUAUAAAGAUCUGAUUAACUUAAAAUCUGUAAUCAGGUGGAAACUUGUAGAAAUUUUAAUGUCAUAUUCUAUCCAAUGUGAAAACGCUCAGAAUAUAGUAUCAAUUUAAAAUGUAUGUACAGAAUGUGUUCAAGAUCCUUGUAGUAUAAUAAAGUGAAUAUAAAGCAAAAUGUUGUGAUUUUUUAUUAAAUUUCGUGUGGCGGAUGGGAUGUGUGAAGGCAUAUAUAGCAUAGGCGUACGGGGCUGACGCUUUCCUAGCGGGCAGUUCAAAGUUUCCUCACAUUUUUUAUGGAAGAUUGUAAUGGAAUAACCUGAAUUUACUCUAGUUUCGGCUAAAUCCGCCCGAAUUUUGUUCGUUUUCCCCAGCAUUUGCAUUGUUUUCUAAAGUUGUUUUUGCCCCCCCCCCCUCCCCGUCUCGUACGCCUAUGUGUGAAGGUACCCUGACAGCCCCAAUCCACCCCCCUGGAGAGUCUCAAUCCACCCCCGUGGGGAAAUAUCUCCAUAUGGUUUGUUACGAGGGGGGGGGGGCGGUACUUGUAUAUUUUCGGUGUUAUGCGGAUUAGAGGUAACGAUCCCCGUCUUGGUCGGCAUACUUAAUAACAGUAGAAGCCACAAUGUAUCACUUUAAGCAUGCUUUAACGUAGCCGACAUUCUCAACUUAAACUUAAUUCAGUACUCCAGUGGUGAGUUCUGUACAACAUCAGAUCACUUUCCAAAAAUAAAAAAGUUGCUAAAAAUGCACAGAAAAGUUAAGGAGUUACUCUUUACUUUUUUUGCCAUUUUUUUACCACUUUUUCAAACAAUGAGAAAAGAGGCUAGAAAUGAACGAAAAUUAUGUGCUGAAAAAGUAUUUUUUUAAAUAACAAAUAUUAAGAAUAUCAUACGACAGUUUUGCGCUGUAUUAAGUAAUUCAAUAUCAGCAACGUCAACAGCUGAACAUAGCCAGCCAAAUUCAAUGGUUUAUAAUUAUAUGUUGUACGCAGUUCAAUAUUGUAUGUAAGUAUAUUUUCAACACAUGGCCCCUUGAAAAACAACUGUUACUUAUAGUUGAAUAGGCUACGGUGUACAAAUAUUUUUAAAUUAUAAUAAAAAAUAAGUCAUCGCAUAUAGUUAUAAAAUUUGUGAGUUGUGAUCGAAUUGAGCUGCUUUGUUCACAACCUCGUCCCCAGGCUUAUCCCUUGUGGAGGAAAGACCCUGGUAGGAGCUGGUCACGUGAUCUGCUAAAAUCUAGCAGAUUUUAAUUGAUGAUGUUGAUAAAUAUUUGAUAUUUAUACUUUAAUUUAUAACUUGCAUUUUGUGUUGUAAGUUUCAUUUGAUUUUAAAGGAAUCCAAGAUAGUCAAUUAGAAAUCUGCUAGAUUUUAGCAGAUCACGUGACCAGCUUCUACCAGGGUCUUUCCUCCACAAGAUAUAAGAGCCUGGGAACGAGGUUGAUUUGUUCAGUUGUUGACGUUUCAAAUAUUGAAUUUGUAACCGCGCUUAAAUGUCAAAAACAACUAUUGCUAUCAAACUUUUUGCGUGAGGUGGUAUUACGGUGGUGUUAUAGGAAGUAUUACGCUCCCAUCGUUAUUUUAUAAAACUAUUCGUGACAAAUGUCCGAAGUAGGUUGAAAAAGGUAAUUGAAAUAUGACAAUUCUUUAAUAAGACAUAUACUUGAACACACGGUAUAAGACUUGAAUUAUUUGACAGUUUUGUUGAUUAACACUUGGUUGCCUACGACAUAAUAUCGUCAGAGCCAGUCGUAUUGAAAGAUGAGUAGAAAUACGCGCACCGUCCUAUAUUUGUUUUGUUUUUCACUUCCCUCCACGCAAACAAAUUUGCCUAGUGGAAAAUGGACUUGUUCUAUUUAUUCAUGGUUAAAUUUUCUAAUACCCAACACCGUCCUAUAUUUAAAUAUAUUGUUCUAUUUAUUCACGGUUAAAUUUUCUAAUACCCCACACCGUCCUAUAUUUAAAUAUAUUGUUCUAUUUAUUCACAGUUAAAUUUUCUAAUACCCACACCGUCCUAUAUUUAAAUAUAUUGUUCUACUUAUUCAUGGUUAAAUUUUCUAAUACCCACACCGUCCUAUAUUUAAAUGUAUUGUUCCAUUUAUUCAUGGUUAAAUUUUCUAAUGCCCACACCAUCCUAUAUUUAAAUAUAUUGAUCUAUUUAUUCACGGUUAAAUUUUCUAAUACCCAACACUGUCCUAUAUUUAAAUAUAUUGUUCUAUUUAUUCAUGGUUAAAUUUUCUAAUACCCACACCGUCCUAUAUUUAAAUAUAUUGUUCCAUUUAUUCAUGGUUAAAUUUUCUAAUACCCAACACCGUCCUAUAUUUAAAUAUAUUGUUCUAUUUAUUCAUGGUUAAAUUUUCUAAUACCCACACCGUCCUAUAUUUAAAUAUAUUGUUCUAUUUAUUCAUGGUGAAAUUUUCUAAUACCCACACUGUCCUAUAUUUAAAUGUAUUGUUCUAUAUUCAUGGUUAAAUUUUCUAAUACCCACACCGUCCUAUAUUUAAAUAUAUUGUUCUAUUUAUUUAUUUAAAUAUAUUAUUCUACCUAUAUCUAAAUAUAUUGUUCUAUGCACUGCAUUGUAUAAAAAAAUAGGAAAUUCUGUAGUGUCAAAAUAAAAUUCUGUAUUGCAAAAAAAUCGAAACCAAUUCCACGAAGCAUUAUUAUUUUCACCAUUAAGUUUGUCACGCCUUACUUUCCAUGACAACUGACUAAGUGUUACGAAAAUUAAUUUGGAAGACAAAACAUUUCAUUUUCUGUACAUCUCAUACAUUUAAAUAUAUGUAGGCCUAUGUACAACCCAAUUCCCUCGUACAAGAACGUAAAAAUUGGGCAUUUAACAAUUCCAAACUACAUUAUAUAAUUCAUUUCAAGAAGGAGUAACUGUCAACCACAUUAUUUAUUUUUAGGAAUUGUGAUGAAAAUACUCCAAAGGAAAAGAAUACAGAAGAGCCCAAAACUGCCCUCGCCGUCCGAGGUAAAAGUUCCAAGCAAAGAGUCGACUAAUAUCCCCCAUGCAAAUGAGACAAACGGUAAACCCUUGAAUGUUGACAAACCUCUCCAACAAGACGAAUCCGUCUCUAACUUGACAGAAAAUGCCAAACAAGUUGAUGGCGAGAACACGAAGAAAGAAACUGAUCUUUCUGCAGAGAUGGCAAGAAAAGGUAAAUUGUGAAAAUGUGAGAAUAUUCGCAAUUCGGAAGGAGUAUAAUUGUCCACCACAUUAUUUAUUUUUUAGUAACUGUGAUGAAAACACUCCGAAGUGAGAGAAUACGGAAGAGCCCAGAACUGCAUUUUUCAACUCCUUCGCCGCCUGAGGUAAAAGUUCCAAGCAAAGUUCAAGUGAGACAAAAUGGCAAAACAAUGACG